UAACUGAAAAAUUAAAAUAAGGCAAACUACAUUUGUUAUGCGUGCAGAGCACUCAAAACAGAGGGCAUCAUCAAUAGCAGCAAACUAUCGAUUUGGAUUAAGAAAUAGUAACACAUACAGACUGCCUUAUCCUGGGCUCCGGGGCUCUGUAAACCAUGGCUACAAAAUUACUGGCAAACUUGAUUGUGUUGAGCUCUGGAGUCUUGGCUAGGGCUUUUGUUCAAGCUUAUCGCCAAGCUCUUGCAAAUGCUUCCAAGUCAGGUGUUGCUCAAGAGACAAUGCAAAAUGUUGUUCGCAAGACUAGUAAAGCCAUGACAGAACAGGAAGCUAGACAAAUUUUGGGUGUCAGUGAGUGCACUUCGUGGGAAGAAACAUUGCAGAAGUAUGAGUCACUCUUUGAGAACAAUGCAAAAAAGGGAAGCUUUUAUCUUCAAUCAAAGGUUCAAAAGGCAAAGGAGCGCUUAGAAACAGCAUAUGGAACUAGAAUUCAUACUCCUAGCUAAUAUUUGGUGUCAAAGUUAGCAUAAGAUUAUUUUUGGAGGAACUCCCUAUGCAUUGGAUGGUGGCUUCCUCUUCUCCUCAUGGUACAUUUUUUAAAAUUUUAAUACAUAUAGGCUAGUGCAGAACGGCCUUGCAGGUUGUCAGCAUUUUAUUGAAGGCAGACUACCAUGUGUUGGCAACAUAAAUAUCUGUCAAAGAGAUUUCAAGUCAGUGUAUAUCAAUUUUUGUAUAAAAUCGGAGAAAAAUGAGUCUUCCUAUGGCUGACUGAAAAUUUUGGUUUGCCCCAUUUUUAUGAUAACAAGUCUAUAGUCUUGUGCUGUUUAUCAUUUGGGUUUUCAUUUUAUCAAGACAUUGAAAUUCAGUUGAAUAA